GGGGUCUCCCAACGCUCAAGCUCCCAAAGCAAUAAGCGGCCCACCAACUCGAGCCCUUGUCGGCGCUGCAGGGCAUAUCUGCUGGGACCACGCCAACCGCUAUUACCUCGACUUUUUCCUGUCCAUUCUGCUCACACACUUUCAUCAAUUGCUCUCUGCGGCUGCACCACCACAUCGUGUUGCAGACCCGUAUCGCCUAUUCUCUCCCCACCCCCCCCGGCUCAGUAACCCAACCGCUCGUCUAGCGCCGCAUCCUGCAGCAGUCUAACCAAGUACCGAGCUCCAGCUCCAUCAGCCCUGUUCCGCCUCUCCUUCUCAUUCUUUCCUCUUGAACAGCAUUCUGAAUCUGCCAUUGUGUCUCUCCCUCCUCCCAUCUGACCCCACCACACAUUCACAAUGGCCUCGGGAGCGCGAGACGUGCAGAACCACGUCCUGUUCGAGGUUGCGACCGAAGUCGCAAACAGAGUCGGCGGCAUCUACUCGGUCCUCAAGUCAAAGGCCCAAGUCACCACAGCAGAGUAUGGCGCUGCGUAUACUCUGCUCGGCCCUUGGAAUAGGGCUUCGGCCGCUGUCGAAGUAGAACCCAUUGUUCCCAAAGACCCUGCUCUGGUGGCCACGAUCAAGUCUAUGGACGAGCGGGGCGUCAAGACGCUAUACGGAAGAUGGCUGAUUGACGGUGCCCCGCGCGUGCUCCUCUUUGACACUGGCACUGGCUACAGGUGGCUCGAUGAGUGGAAGGGCGACCUCUGGUCUUCUACAGGCAUUCCUUCGCCUCCUGGCGAUUCCGAGACCAACGAGGCCAUUGUCUUUGGCUACCUCAUUGCUUGGUUUUUGGGCGAGUAUGUCUACCAUGAGAAGCAGCGAGCCGUCAUUGUUCAGUUCCACGAGUGGCUGGCAGGUGUUGCAGUGCCCCUUUGCAAGAAGCGCCGCAUCGACGUGACUACCAUUUUCACAACCCACGCCACACUUCUCGGUCGCUACCUUUGCGCUGGCUCAGUCGACUUUUACAACAAUCUGCAAUACUUUGAUGUGGAUGCCGAAGCAGGAAAGCGGGGUAUCUACCAUCGUUACUGCAUUGAGCGGGCUGCCACGCACGCUGCCGACGUCUUCACAACCGUGUCCCACAUCACUGCCUAUGAAAGCGAGCAUCUCUUGAAGCGCAAGCCUGACGGUGUAUUGCCCAACGGUCUCAAUGUCAAGAAGUUUUCUGCGACGCACGAGUUCCAGAACUUGCACCAGCAGGCAAAGGUCAAGAUUAACGACUUUGUGCGUGGACAUUUCUACGGUCACAAUGACUUUGAUCCCGAGAAUACCCUCUACUUCUUCACAGCUGGUCGCUACGAGUACCGGAAUAAGGGCGUAGACAUGUUUAUCGAAUCACUGGCACGACUGAACCACAAGAUGAAGAGCGAGAACUCCAAUAUGACGGUAGUUGCUUUUAUCAUUCUGCCCGCACAGACUACAUCUCUUUCGGUCGACUCGCUCAAGGGACAGGCAGUCAUCAAGGCGCUCCACGACAGUGUGAACAACAUUGCCGAGAAUGUGGCCAAGAAGCUAUUUGAGCGCUCCCUGACUUGGACAGAGGGCUCUGAGCUCCCUGAAGACAAGGACUUGAUCACACCUGCUGAUAAGAUUCUGCUCCGCCGAAGGUUGUUCGCCAUGAAGCGCCAUAACCUGCCACCUAUUGUCACCCACAACAUGGUCAACGAUGCCGAAGACCCUGUGCUGAACCAACUGCGUCGCUGCCAGCUCUUCAACCACCCCUCGGACCGCGUCAAGGUUGUUUUCCACCCAGAGUUUUUGAACUCGGCCAACCCAGUGUUGCCUAUGGACUACGACGACUUUGUCCGUGGAACCCAUCUUGGUGUGUUCUCGUCUUACUACGAGCCAUGGGGCUACACUCCAGCCGAGUGCACUGUCAUGGGUGUUCCAAGUAUCACAACAAAUCUGUCUGGUUUUGGUUGCUACAUGGAGGAGCUGAUUGAAAAUGCUCAAGACUAUGGUAUCUACAUUGUAGAUCGAAGAAUGAAGGGCGUAGACGACUCAGUCAACCAGCUCGUCGACUACAUGUUUGAAUUCACAAAGAAGAGCAAGCGCCAGCGUAUCAACCAGAGGAAUCGGACAGAGCGUCUCAGUGACCUACUCGACUGGAAACGCAUGGGUUUGGAGUAUGUCAAGGCUCGACAACUGGCACUCCGACGAGCAUACCCUGCGGCGUAUGAGGACGAUGAGGAGCCCGACUUCUUCAACUCGCAAGACGUUAAGAUUUCUCGGCCCCUAUCCGAGCCUGGAUCGCCGCGUGAGCGCUCGGGUAUGAUGACGCCUGGUGACUUUGCCUCGCUGCAAGAAGGCCGUGAGGGACUGAGCACUGAGGACUACAUUGCGUGGAAGCUUCCUGAAGAGGAAGAGGCCGACGACUUUACUUUCCCGCUUACCCUGAAGACCAAGAGCAAACCCAACUCUGGCGCAACCACACCUACUCUGCCUACGGCGGUAAAUGGAACUGACUAGACGUCUAUUGUUGUUUUUUUAAUUUACCAAGUACAAUGACGAAUGUGUACGAAAUAAAGGGAAAUUGCAUUGAACGUGUCCAUUCUUCUCAUGUCCGUGGUUUUUUGAUUUAAAAGACGCGAAAUGGAUGCAUUUAUUUCAAGGUAGGAGGUGAAGAGAAGUUGUGUGCAAGUAUGUUGCAUGUAGUAGUGUUUUGAUAGCAAACGUCGUACGAAUUUAGUCAUCACUCUUAUAUGUGAUUGCGAGAUGCUAGCUCUGCGCCC